AAGCUGACUUAUCAAGAUUGCGACGUACCCCCUCCUCCCCCUCUCUCGUUUACAAUGGGUAUCGACCACAUGAAUCGGAUUUGGGACGACGCAGACCUCCAUCACCCCUCGCCGUUGACUAUCUUGGGAGUUCCCGUUCCCGUCUUCUACUGGCGGGAGAUAUACCGGUAUGGGAAAGGUGGACCGAAUGGCUUUUGGGCGAAGCACUCUACCGAGGAUCGUCGGCAUCCUCUGACCACCAUAGUCGGCGAUCUAAGACUCGCCAGGAAGGCUUCUGACGAGUACGCUUCAAUCGCGGCCAGAGAAACACUUGGAGUGCGGUUUGACGACGUAUUCACAUACAGAAAGGGACGGGAUAAUCAUGUAUAUCAGAAGCAUUCGUCUAUAGCACGCAUGUAUCGCCUUAUGGAAGCGCAAAAGCUCUAA